AUUGUAUGUAAUUCUAGGAUCCCUGCGCUGCUGUUGGCUGCAUCCUCUGUCAAUAACAUUGAGCUCAUUUCAGGAAUGGUGGUUUCACUCGUAAUAGCUGUACGGUGUAUCAGUGCUGGUGUUUAGAUAUUCAAUCUAUCGGAAACAGGCAAUUGGCGAAUUUGUCGAAACAUGUACGGUUUUGUCAACCACGCACUGGAACUUCUGGUGCUGAGAAAUUAUGGACCAGAUAUUUGGGAGGACAUCAAAAGAGAAGCUCAGGUUGAUGUAGAGGGACAGUUUCUCGUCAGAAUUAUCUACGAAGAUUCCAAAACAUACGACCUUGUGGCUGCUGCAAGUAAAGUACUAAAAAUGGAUGCAGGACACAUCUUGCAAAUGUUUGGGAAAAUGUUCUUUGAGUUUUGUCAGGAAUCUGGUUAUGACACCAUCCUCCGAGUGUUGGGCUCCAAUGUUCGUGAAUUCUUACAAAAUCUGGACGCAUUACAUGACCAUCUGGGCACCAUCUACCCAGGCAUGCGAGCGCCGUCGUUCCGCUGUACAGAUGCAGAGAAAGGGAACAACCUUAUUCUACACUAUUACUCUGAAAGAGAGGGUCUACAGGACAUCGUCAUAGGGAUCAUCAAGACGGUUGCGCAACAGAUUCAUGGAACCGAGAUUGAGAUGAAGGUCAUUCAGCAGAAGAGUGAAGAGUGUGAUCACAUUAAGUUCUUGAUUGAGGAAAAGGAUUCGGAGGAAGAGGCUUUUUAUGAAGACCUGGAUGGUUUUGAGGAGAACGGAACUCAAGAGACACGAAUUAGUCCAUACACCUUCUGCAAGGCUUUCCCAUUCCACCUGAUGUUUGACAAGGACCUCAUGCUCACACAGUGUGGCAAUGCCAUCUUCAGAGUUCUGCCACAGCUGCAGCCUGGCAUCUGUAACCUGUCUUCUGUGUUCUCUCUGGUGCGGCCACAUAUAGACUUCAGUUUCCAUGGCAUCUUGUCCCACAUCAACACUGUCUUUGUGUUGAGGAGUAAGGAGGGCCUGUUGAAUGUAGAGACUGCAGAGAGUGAAGAUGAACUCACAGGCACAGAGAUCAGCUGCCUCAGACUGAAGGGCCAGAUGAUCUCACUUCCUGAGACUGAGAACAUCCUUUUCCUGUGCUCACCAAGCGUUAUGAAUCUCGAUGAUCUGACGAGGAGAGGUCUGUACCUGAGUGAUAUUCCUCUUCAUGAUGCCACCCGUGACCUUGUGCUGCUGGGGGAACAGUUUCGUGAAGAGUACAAGUUGACUCAGGAGUUGGAGAUCCUGACUGACCGUCUUCAGCACACGCUCCGAGCCCUGGAGGACGAGAAGAAGAAGACAGACAGGUUGCUGUAUUCAGUUCUGCCUCCUUCUGUGGCCAAUGAACUGCGGCACAAACGGCCCGUACCUGCUAAACGAUACGACAAUGUGACAAUUCUUUUCAGCGGCAUCGUUGGGUUCAACGCAUUCUGCAGCAAACAUGCAUCUGCAGAGGGAGCCAUUAAGAUUGUCAACCUGCUCAACGACAUCUACACCAGAUUUGACAUUCUCACCGAUUCUCGGAAGAACCCGUAUGUGUACAAGGUGGAGACUGUUGGUGAUAAGUACAUGACUGUAAGUGGCCUCCCAGAGCCCUGCACCCACCACGCAAAAUCCAUCUGUCACCUGGCCCUGGACAUGAUGGAGAUCGCUGGACAGGUAAAAGUGGAUGAGGACCCUGUGCAGAUCACCAUUGGAAUCCAUACUGGAGAGGUGGUUACUGGGGUAAUAGGUCAAAGAAUGCCCCGCUACUGCCUGUUUGGGAACACUGUCAACCUGACGAGCCGUACAGAGACCACAGGAGAGAAAGGAAAGAUAAAUGUGUCUGAGUACACAUACAGGUGUUUGCAGUCAGUGGAAAACGCUGAUCCUCAGUUUCAUUUGGAAUACAGAGGACCUGUAACCAUGAAAGGGAAAAAAGAGCCAAUGAAAGUGUGGUUUCUCUCCCGCAAGACCUAACAGACUUACAGUGAAACCACAGCAACGCCAUUUAUUUCUGUUCUCAGCUAUUGUGUUACUUCUUAUUUUCUUGAUCAUAAUCAUUUUAUCCUUCUCCUCUAACGAGUCAAAUCUAAAGACACAGGCAGUUAACCCCUAACCCCUGCCAUUGAAGUGCCAAUUAUCUGUUAUUCACAGAUUAUGGAAAAAGGGUUUAGAGCUGAUGAUGAAACGUGCUGAAAUAUGGAAAUAUCAGUUUGAUACUAUUUUAAGUGCCAAGUAUUUAAUCAAUUUAAGAUGGAACAUUUGAACAAAUACAGUACAACUGGAACUUGGUGCAAAUGGGCUAUGCAACAUACACGUUAAGUUUUUCUGUAUCCAUUAUGUUUUUUAUUAUUAUUAUUAUUAUUUAUUUUAGUUUUUGUUUUUGUCGAGGAUUUGACAGUAUUUAGCUCCCUACCAAACACUUUCAUCACUGAGAAACACCAGUAACCUUUUUUUUUGUUUUUUGUUUUUGUCACUUUGUCUAGUUUUCUAUAUUCCAUUUUAUCUGUGUGAUUAAAUUUGAAAGUUAAGAGCACUAAUUAUAACUAAAGCAAAAAGUAGGUGAUUCAUAUUUCUUUUAAUUGCACAUAUUAAUUGAGGAAUAACCGGUAGACGUUCAGUAAACACAACACUGUUACUGUAUCAAUGUAUUAUAUUCAAUUAUUAAAGCGUAACCACAAUAAAAU